UUCUUACGAAUCUGCUUCAGGGAAUUCCCUUUCCAUUAAAACUAUAAUAAAAAAUUAUAAUCUCAUGCAAGUUCGUUCGCUUACAAUACAGACCAGUUAUACCAAAAGAAAGAAUAUAUGGACUCGGCCUUCCCACAGUUCAAGGCUAAUCGAGUGGACUCAGUCCUGUCUCGUUGUGGGACAAGUCUAUCCACAGCCUUCCGCAUUCAGUAAAAUAUACACACUGGUAUCAUAAUAGUACAUUUUUUUUGUUAUUUUAAAUACAAGCGCUAUUAAUUGUACCAAACAAAAAGUGACAUCACCACCUGCAUGAUAUAAACUUAGGUUACUUCUCACUUUUAAAAUUUCUGAAUGGAUAUGGCCUGGUUGUACUUUCCAAUAUUGUAUAUAGAUAAAACAGGAUGUUUCCACGAGCUGCCACCACUUGUCAUAACAGAACUUGUUCUAUAAUUCUCUUCAUCCCACUAUUCAACAAAAGACGGUGUGAACACAACUUUAUCUGUGCUCCAACGUUUCAAAUCCGGUUUUUUGUUUUUGAGAAAAUAAGCUCGGUAUAUAACGUUGGGGCUAACAAGGGACUUUUCUUCGCAGUUAUUAGUGCAAGCAAGAUGGUACUCGGUCGUGUGCAACUCGCCUUUUGUGUUGUUCUGUUUCAAACUGUAUUACAUUGUGACGGUCAGUUCGAGCGUACGAAUUAUGAAAUGUCACCGCUACCAUUUCCGACAUGCCGAGCUGACAACUUAGAAUGCCUACGACGCAGUCUAAGGACUUUCUUCUUUCUAAUGGACUCUGGACAAUUUGACAUGAAGCCGAUAGAUCCAGCUAUAAUAAACAGUGUGGCCUUAGCUUUACCUGAACAGCAAAUGUCGAUUUUGCUGAGAAGGGUCAACGUCACAGGCGCCAGGUGGACCAAACUUACCGAAAGGAGGUUCAAUUUAAAAAGCGGCAAAAGUGGAGUUAUUUUCAACAGUGAUUUGCAUGUGACAGGACAGAUAAGCUUGGAGAUAGCCGGAAGAGAAGGCCCUCAUAACGGUUUUAUAACAAUGGAUAUUCACGGCGCAGAGACCAACAUAACUUAUCCGUGGACCAUACAACGGGGCAUCGAUAAUGAGGAUUAUAUUGUAAUCGGUCCAGAGAGGAUAGCUGUCAGGAAUAUGCGAAUACCUACGUAUUUUUUACAACCAAAUGAUUUAGAUGCAUACAUAAUUGAUGAAGCUCUGCAGGCAAAGCAAUCCAUCUUAGAUCAUUUUUCAAAUGAAAUCACAGCAGCUUUGAUGCAUUCCAUAAUUGAUAAUUUCAGAUUAUUCUCAACUAAAGUACCAAUCAAACAUUAUUAUAAAUAUAUGAAUGAAAAAAAGAUAAACAAUUAAGUGAAAAAAAAGUUGAAUAAUUGAGUGAAAGAAUAGUUAUAACAUAGUUUAAUGAUUAUCAGACAUUUUAAUAAGACAAAUAUUGUACAAUGGAAAUUAUUUUUAAUUAAUUAAAUGUAAAAACAG